AUGGAGCAAAUACUCGGCUCCAGCUCUAAUUCUUACCCAGGCUUAGGCAAGGAUCUGCGAUGUCUCGCCGAUCCUUGGGAUAAGAAGGACUAUUACCCUCUAGGCAUCCAUCCCAACUACCCCGGCUCCAAAUCGGAAAUGCUCUUCGUUCGGGAGGUCGCCAUGAUGAUCGUCAUGGAUCGCCUAUCCGACAAGCCCGACUUCCACCGCAAGGUCUUUGACGAUGCGAUUGUCGCCAAGUGGGUUGACGAGGCGCUUGCGAUACCGGACAAUUCCCUCUGGGAUGAGAUCGUUCUGGGCAACGAUGGCCCAGAUGGCCAUCGGGUCAAGAGACUCAAGAACAUCUUAGACAAAGACUGUCUCAAAUACUGUAUCAAGGAAUUGCGUACCAAGGCCAAGUACUUCGAGAAGACGGGGCUGGUCCCAACCUUGGACGCGUCUGCAGCAGUCUGCAAAUCCGACACGCUGGUCGACGAAGCGCUCCGAGACGAGCUGCGGGCAGCGUUUAUGAAGCUCCAGGCAGAGCAAAAGUCAAAUCCAGAUUGGCAUCCCCGCACGGACGACAAGGUGCAGGACCUGGUCCAUCCUUCGCUUUACCCACUCGUAUACGGAACCACGCGAGUGUUUGCCGACGAGGUCGUGGGUGUGGAUGAUGCGAUCGACAAAUGGGCCGGGAAGGGCAUAAUCAUUCCCGAACCCAUAGGCCAUGGAGAGGUUGCUGGGAGGUUUGACGGGUACGGGGGGCCUCGUAUUGACCCUUCUUUCUGGUCUCACAAGUACCAGUGGCUUCCUGCCAAUGUCAAAUUCCAGCCGGACGGAAGCGUGAAGUUUACCAGCUACAUCAACAAUCUUCACCCGCUCAAGCACAGAGAGAUUUACGGCACGAUUGAGAAGCUUAUUGAAAAAUCCAUCCCAGCUUGGGAUAACUGUGUUGCUGCCCUUCGUGGUUGGAGCCACGAAAGUGGGAGGCCUUCCCGUUUCCCGUUUCCGGAUGAGCCUGAUGAUAACAAUGAAGAGAACUGGGUACCAACACUCGAUGAGGUAGAAACGCCAAGGCCUUCGAGAGCACCAUCAGAAGCUGAGGUAUCAGGCGAAGAAGGUGAUGCCGAGGAAGAAUUCGACGAAGAGGAAGAUUUUGAAGACUGGGAUUCUGAGUCUGGAGACCCCUACAGUGGAACCCGUAAGGAGGUCAAAUGGAAAAUGAUUCGGGAACCGGUCCAAUCUCGUCCCCUUGGGUUUAAAUCCUGGAAAUAUGGACCCAGUCAGGGUGAGUCUCUAAGGGAGAAGUUCGAAGGACUUCAAAUUAUUGUAAAAAUGGCUUCCAUCGAGUUAACACCUGAGAAACCCGAGUUUCCCGUGGGUGGUUGGCAUGUGGAGGGCCAAAUGAAUGAGCACAUUGUUGGCACAGCGCUCUAUUACUUGGACUCGGAAAACAUCACACCUAGUCAUCUACAGUUUCGGAUGCAUACAAGCUACGAUAUCGACAGCCAUUUCCAAGUUGGUCAGGACAAUUACAAAUGGAUGGAACGUGUCUAUGGUACUCGACUCGGGGUGGGCCAGAAUGCGCCAUGCCUGCAGAACUACGGGAGCGUGGAGACAAAGGAAGGCAGACUGCUCGCUUUCCCCAAUGUCUUCCACCACAGGGUCUCCCCCUUUGAGCUGAAAGACAAGUCAAAGCCGGGCUAUAGACGAUUCAUCGCCUUGUGGCUCGUGGACCCAUUGACUCGUGUCAUCAGCACAGCCAAUGUCCCCCCGCAGCAACAGGAUUGGUGGAUAGAUCGAGCAUUCAAAAACCUGAGAACAGCAGAGGUUAACAAGGUCGCUAGACCUAUUGCCCAAAUGAUCCUAGACAAAGCUCCUUCGGCCGAUAAUUCCGGUCUCAAGGUAGCAGCGGAGGGAGGUUCACAUGGCCUGCCCUUAGAACUGAUGAGUAUGCUCGCAGAUGAGUUCGACGAUGCGCUUCCAAUGAGUCUUGAGGAAGCAAGAGAGCAUCGGUUGAAGUUGAUGGAUAUCAGAACUGCUUUCCAAGGGGACGCAGAGAAUCGAUGGGAAGGACAAACCUACAGCUUUUGUGAACACUGA